AUGGUGAAGAAGAGUCGGCCCAGCUGGGUCCACCAGGACUCUGAUGAGGGUCUCGUCCACGUGAACGUUGGAGGUCUGAAGAGGAGUCUCUGCUCCAGCACGCUGAAGAAAUUCCCAGACACCAGACUGGGAAAACUGCUGGCGUGUGAUUCAGAGGAGGACAUCCUGCAGGUGUGUGAUGACUAUGACGUGCAGCAGAAGGAGUUUUAUUUUGAUAGGAAUCCUGGCCUCUUCCCGUACGUCCUCCACUUUUACCAGACGGGCAAACUUCACAUCAUGGAGGAGCUGUGCGUCUUCUCCUUCAGUCAGGAGAUCGAGUACUGGGGCAUCAACGAGUUCUUCCUGGACACGUGCUGCAGUUACCGUUACCACGACCGCAAGCUGGAGAGCAGCCGCCAUCGCAGCUGGGACGACGAGAGCGACGUCAGCAGCAUCGACACAUCUGUGGACGAGAUAUCGGACUUAAACAGAGACAUGCAGCACUUCCAGGAGGUGCGUUACGGGAACAUCCGGAAGUGUUUGUGGCUGACGCUGGAGAACCCGGGGUACUCCAUCCCCAGCAAGCUCUUCAGUCUGGUGUCCAUCGGGGUGGUGCUCACGUCCAUCGCCACCAUGUGCAUCAACAGCAUCCCCGAGUAUCAGUUGUUUGACGAUGAGGGGAAGCUGAUGGAGGACCCGACCAUGCAGACUCUGGAGGUGUUCUGCACCUGCUGGUUCACCUUCGAGGUGGUGACGCGGCUGCUGCUCGCACCAAACAGGAGGAAGUUCUUUCAUCACCCGCUGAACAUCAUCGACAUGGUGUCCGUGGCUCCCAUCUACAUCACACUGCUGUUUGACCUGACUGUGGGGUCCGAGUCUGAACUGGGAGAUCUGGGACGACUCAUACAGGUGUUCAGGUUAAUGAGGAUCUUCAGGGUUUUGAAGUUGGCCCGUCACUCGACUGGACUGCGGUCACUGGGAGCGACGCUUCGGCACAGUUACCGUGAGGUCGGCAUCCUGCUGCUGUACCUGGCUGUCGGAGUGUCCGUCUUUUCUGGGAUCGCUUACACCGCCGAAUAUGAAGAGGACGUGGGUCUGGACACGAUCCCGGCCUGCUGGUGGUGGGGGACGGUGAGCAUGACCACGGUGGGCUACGGGGACGUGGUGCCCGUCACGGUGGCCGGGAAGCUGGCGGCCAGCGGCUGCAUCCUGGGCGGCACCCUGGUGGUGGCGCUGCCCAUCACCAUCAUCUUCAACAAGUUCUCCCACUUCUACCGCAGACAGAAAGCCCUGGAGGCGUCGGUGAGGAACAACCACCGCAGGAAGAUGAGGAUGAGCUGCGAGAACGAGCCGGAGGAGGACGAGGAGGAGGAGGACGAAGAGGGGUCGGACGGGGACAGCAGGUGUCUGGACGACGAUGACACCGACGACAUGGAGGGGGACGAUAUAGAUUACGAGGACGAAGGAGGUGUGAUCAAUUACAGCUACGUGGAGCAUCCGUCCUACACGUCCAUACUGAGGAGGAAGGAGCUGCAUCAGCCGUGAGGCGCUGCAGGAGAUUUAAACUGUUUUCAGAUCUCAUUAACCCUUUAAAA